AUGACGAGGAUGACCCGUGAUUUUGGGGAUACUAUGCAGAAAGAUGCAGUGCCAGCAGUGUCGGCCGAUGUAAUAUUUGCUUCUCUUCGGUUUCCUAAUUACAAAAUUGGAGUUCAUAAUCAGAUCAUGGAGGCAAAGGAUGAUCCAAAAGUGCUAUCUAUGAAGGAGGUUGUUGCACGUGAGACUGCACAGCUGUUGGAACAGCAGAAACGAAUGUCGGUUCGUGAUCUUGCCAGUAAAUUUGAGAAGGGUUUGGCAGCUGCUGCUAAGUUGUCUGAAGAGGCUCGACUCAGAGAAGCUGCUUCACUGGAGAAGCAUGUUCUUUUGAAGAAGCUCCGAGAUGCACUGCAAUCCUUAAAAGGGAGAGUGGCAGGAAGAAACAAGGAGGAUGUUGCAGAAGCUAUUGCUAUGCUUAUUUGGUGCAUUCUGCAGGUUGAAGCUCUAGCAGUUCAGUUGACACAAAGGGAAGGGGAACUAAUUCAAGAGAAGGCUGAGGUGAAGAAGCUAACAAAUUUUCUUAAGCAGGCUUCUGAAGAUGCUAAGAAACUUGUGAAUGAGGAAAGAGCUUUUGCUCGUUUUGAAAUAGAAAAUGCCAGAGCAGCAGUUCAGAGAGUUGAGCAGGCCCUUCAGGAGCACGAUAGAAUGUCUGAAGCUUCAGGGAAGCAGGACCUGGAUCAUUUAAUGAAGGAGGUUCAAGAGGCUCGGAGAAUCAAAAUGCUGCAUCAGCCAAGCAAGGUUAUGGAUAUGGAACAUGAGCUUCGAGCAUUAAGGGCUCAACUUGCCGAGAAGUCUAGACUUUAUCUUCGUCUACAAAAGGAGUUAUCAAGGGCAAAGAAAGGAGAGGAAAAUGUUCCCCAUUUAUAUGAAUUAGAAGGACAUGAAACCCUGGGUUCUUAUUUGCAAAUUCAACCUUGCUCUGAUAAUGCCCCUAAACUUUCAAAGUGUUCAAUUCAGUGGUAUCGUGUAGCAGCUGAAGGAGCCAAAAAAGAACUUAUUUCAGGAGCUACCAAGUCAGUUUAUACCCCUGAACCUUUUGACGUUGGACGCAUAUUGCAAGUUGAUAUUAUUUCAGAAGGCCAGGAGAUUACAUUGUCAACCACUGGUCCAAUUGACCCAGCUGCUGGUUUGGGAACCUAUGUUGAGGCACUUAAGCGAAAACAUGACACUGAAUUCAAUAGAAAAGCUUCUUCUGAUAGUAUUAUUUGUACUGAAAACAGUUAUAAUGCCGUCGCAAAAGACAGUAGUAUAGAAGAAGAAAAUGAGAAGGCAGAGAAGGAAAACCAUAACACCUGUAAUCUCCCCUUGAGCUAUUACAUUACUCCCCACCUCAAAUUGAACCCUGUCCUCAAGGUCAUCCGGGGAAGUCAAGGGUAG